UCUCGGUUUGUUUGCGACAAAAGUAAGGCAACUAAGAACAAACACCUAAUCAAACGCCGACAUUUUGGAACUAGGCGAUGGGUAAGAGAAUUGCAGUGAUUGGGGGAGGCUGCUGCGGACUGACAGCAAUCAAGUGUUGCGUUGACGAGAAUUUGGAACCUGUUUGUUUUGAACGGACGGACGAGAUCGGUGGAUUAUGGCACUUUACUGAAAAAGUGAGGGACAAUUUGGGUUGCGUGAUGCGGUCAACUAUAAUAAACACGAGCAAGGAGAUGAUGUGCUACAGCGAUUUCCCCAUACCCAAAGAGUACCCCAACUUUAUGCACAACGAAAAGGUUUGGGAGUAUUUCAAGUUGUAUAUGGAUCAGUUUGGACUUCAGCAGUACAUUAAAUAUAAUACAGAGGUCUUGCAUGUAAAACCAUCUUCCGAUUUUGAGAAGACUGGCCAAUGGAAAGUUGACGUUCGAGACCACGUGACAAAUGAGGUAACAAAGCACGUGUUUGACGGCGUUCUCGUCUGCACGGGCCAUCACGCGGCAAAACACGAACCCAAGUUUGCAGGUCAAGAAGAGUUUCAGGGGAGAAUACUCCAUUCUCACAACUACAAGGACAGUCGGGGGUUUGAAGGGAAGAGGAUUGUCGUUAUUGGUAUCGGCAACUCAGGGGGAGAUGUGGCUGUUGAGCUUAGUAGGUGUUCUAAGGUUUUCUUGAGUACAAGACGAGGCAGCUGGGUGUUCAAUAGAGUUUUUGACAAAGGCCUUCCACUAGACAUGGUGUUCAACACCCGGAUGUAUAAUUGUAUGAUUAACCAUUUGCCAACAUCCUUUCUCGAGAAUGAAGUCAGGAAGAAGCUGAACUCUCGAUUCGACCACCGACUCUACUGCCUGGAACCCUCGUACAACGUAUCUGCCCAACACGUGAUGCUCAACGACGAUCUUCCAAACAGAAUCUUGUCAGGAACUCUGACGAUCAAAGCAGACGUCAAGAGAUUCACGAACACGGGACUAGAGUUUGUGGAUGGAACCUCCGAGGACAACAUCGACGUUGUCAUCCUCGCGACAGGAUACAAGUUCGGUUUUCCUUUCAUAGACAAGUCUGUGAUCGAUGUAAAGAUGAACAGGAUUGAGCUGUUCAAGUACAUGUUUCCACCAGAUCUCGCAAAACCAACGUUGGCGGUGAUCGGAUGCAUCCAACCAAAUGGGGCCAUUAUGCCCAUAGCUGAACUACAGUGUCGCUUAGCAGCAAGAGUUUUUAAGGGUGACAUAAUACUUCCUGAAAAGUCCGUCAUGUGGCAAGACAUACGAGAGAAAGAGGCUAAGAUGGCGAAGCGUUUUGUCCAGACUCAGCGGCACACGAUCCAGGUGGGGUUCGUGGACUUCAUGGACCAGCUGGCGGAACUGAUCGGCUGCAAGCCAAACGUGUUAAGUAUGCUAAUGUCUGAUCCUAAGUUGGCCCUGAAAUGUUGGUUUGGACCCUGUAUACCGGCCCAGUACAGACUGACCGGCCCGGGGGAGUGGUCCGGUGCACGCGACGUAAUCCUGACGUCAUGGGAGCGGAUGCGCCACCCUUUGCAAACCAAGACACUGCCGGAAGGUCCGGAAACCUGCAAGAGUUCUCUGCCCACCAAGCUCAUCAUCAUGGUCGUCAUCUUGGCGAUGUUGUAUAUGUUUCUUUUCGGAACUUGUUGUUCGCAACAUCAUUCACAUGGUUAAUAUAAUGAGUUAAAGGCGCAGAACCGUGUUUCAGCACGUGGAAUUGGACACUAAAUCUGAAACACAUUUGGAUAAAGUUAUAACAGAGAGAAACUAAAAUAUGUGAUGUUUAAACGAGGAAAUACCGAUUAUAACUAUUAAAAAUAACUAGAGCUUGUCUUGACAACCAUUACUUCUCAGACGAACGUGCGUUUUUAGAAUUAUGAGAAAUGCAUUUUGGGGUAUUACAAAAACCUAGAUGACCAGAACCACUUCAGG